AUGACUUCUCUCUAGCUACAUAAACAAAAUGAAAGCGAAGAGAUCUAGCUUCAGGAAUCGUAAUCUGAAUAAUAAUAAUAAACAUUUACUAAAUAAAGUAAGCAAAACUCCUAAGAAUAAGAAAGUCUUUCAACUAAAACUAUAGUAGUCUAAGUAGAUUCCUCUGUUUCCUAAAACCUUGAAGAUCUUCCUAUUAUCAAGAAAUAAUAGAAUACUUAAGAGAACUAAAUAUUGGAACAAAGUAUAAUUGUUGAGAAACUUGAUAAUCCUUAAUUACAAACUUUAAACUAAAAUAUGAUCUAAGAAAAAGAAAGUUAGUAAAUUAUCGGGAAAGAUAAUGUACAUUCUCCAAAUUAAUAAGAAAAUUAAGAGCAAGCUCAUAAAGAUGAGAAGGAUUUUUAAUAAAAUUCUUAAGACCUUGAAUCAUAAAGCUAAAGUAUACAAAAAAAUAAUUCUUUGAAUGAAAAAACAAAUAAAAGAAGAAAUGUGAUCAUCUUAAGCGUAAUUUUUGCUGGCCUUCUAGUUAUAGCUCUAUCACUCUACUUUGCUCUUAAACCCGGAGAAGAAAAUGACAAUUCGAGUGCUGAAAAAAGUCCUUAUGUUAUUUAGAGGAAAUUUGUGACGUCAAAAUAAUAAAAUUACAGACUCGAGUUACUUACUACGCACAAUCACAAACGCAAUGAUUCUAGUAAUUACACUAGAGAAAUUGUAAUUGAAUACUUAUUUAGUAUGCUUAUUUAAAAUCAAACAGAUGACUAAAUAUAAAUACUUGCUUUUGUUGAUUAGACUAAACAAUAUGAAGUGGGAAAGCAAGAUGAUGUAGUGAUACUUCCUGGGGCGAGAAAUUUCAUAGAUUUAAAUGACUCAAAUAACUUAACUUAAACUCCAAAUUAAAAAAAUUCUACUGAAAAUCAAUCAACAAAUUAAUCCCCAAACAUAAAUUCAACAUCUGAUUAAGAUUAAGAAUUUCCAUUUUCAGAUGACGACAUUCAAUUAAGCAGAGCUGAAAUUAUUUAAUUUAACGUUACGAAGGGUGGAGUGAUAAAAGACAUUGCUUUUCCUAUCAAUGUAAAUGAGACAUUUCUAUUCAGUCUUCCCGCUUUCCUUACUACUCUUCUACCAAAUCUUUAGAAAUCUAAUUACGAUAUAAUUGACCCAAAAGGAGUAAAAAAUGUAACCAAAUAAGCUAAUUUUACCUAAAAAAAUGUACAUGGAACAUACAAAAUGUCAGUGAUGUAAAGUCAUAAAUCAGCUACAGGAGAUGUAACAUUAGUCUAAUAAUUUACUUAGAAAACUAAUGAUGACUAUAAAUAAGUUACAUAGUAGUAAAGUAACAUCACUUUUAACAAUUAAGGUUACUUAGUUAAAGGUCGUGUUGAGUCAGCUUAUAAAAUAAUUUCUUUUCUCUCCAAGGAUAAUUCAACUGAAGAUGUCUUAAAAAACUAGAAAAUAACUUAAAAAUUUAAUGUGACUUUCAUCAACGAAACUAAUAUUUCUAAUAAUGAAAAAACUCAUAUCAAUAACGUUUUUAAUAUGAUGAGUACAGUAUAAUAUAAUUGGACAUAUUACCUCGAAUUUAUAGAAAACCUUAAAAAGACUGAUAUUUAGCUUGAUAGUACUAUUAUAACAUCUAAUCAAACUGAAAAACCUCUUGUAGACUUAAAUUAAAAAGUUAACAUAAGCUCACCCUCAACAAGAAUGCUCACUCAAAACAAUAAUUUAUUAGAUAAUUUGCAAGUAAAGCUAUUUGAAAAGGACAUUUUAACAAUAAAGAUGAGAUCUUUUAUUUCAUUUAAGUGCGAUAAAUAAUAAGAUAGCUCCUCAAAUGAUUAGUGUUAAACACAAGUGUUCCUUCAAUUUUUAGGUUUAAAUAUUCCUGUUUCACCUAUACAAAAAGUGAAAUUUCCUUUGACCAAAUUUAAAAAUGAAGUUAAUUGGCUUAAAAAGAACUUAUUGCUUGCAGUGAGCAAAAUAAAAAACAAUGUAAUUGAUGUGGUCAAACAAGUGAAAUCCUAAAUUGAUGCAAAAUUUAAUUUGACACAAAAUUUAUUUUCUAAUUUAUCUAAUCCAAUUUUGAAUGAUGUCUAAAAAUACGCAUCAGUCAUCACUUCUUCUAUUUCUGUGAAUUUGUUAGAUAAGCUCUAAAAGCUAUAAUUGUAAUACACUUAAAUUUUGAAUUCAACUUAAUAAAAAUUGGGCGCUAUUCAAAAUAUUACUUCUUAAGUAGCUUAAGUCUAUAUUUCAACAUUGUAAAACAAUUUGCCAAAAAUUUAAUAAAGCCUUAUUGAAUAGAGUUAGAAAAUAAAUUAAAUUUACCAAAACAAAACAAAUUUAAUUUACAAAGAUGGCCAAAUUGCUAUUUAAAAAGUUUAGUAAACUUUAAAACAGGCAUAUGAUCUUAUUCAAGAUAAAAUAAAUAUUUAAAUACAAUAGAAUUUAACUAAAUUUGUAUAAAGUCAAUAAAUCAAAGAAAAUCCAUAGAUUAAGAGUGUAUUGGAAUUAAAAACUUCACAAAAUAUAUUGAACCAGAUAAAUGAAAAUUAAAAAGCUGCAUAGGAUUUGUACAACAGCUUUAAUUCAUUAACUAGUUUAGACUCUCUCUAUACUUUGAUUGCAAGUAACUUUACGUCAUGUGCUGAUAGUAUUAAUCAAGAUAUAACUACUAAAUUGGCUAAUAUAACUGACAUAUUUUCAAACAUAGCUUAAUAAUCAAUGCUUAGCUUUAAAGAUACAAUUACCACUUUAAAAAAUAAGACUUAUGACUUCUCUUCUAAUUUAACUUAGCAAAUUCAAGAUGGAGUUGAUAAUUUGUUUAGCACAGUUAUCAGCUAUGACAAAAAAAUAAUGGAUUAAUCUGAGUAAGCUCUUUAAAUGCUUUCAGCUGACUUUAGCUAAUCGAAUUUCAUAGAUCAAGUUAAAAAACAAAUGGGAAAACAGUCAUAAAUCUUAACUGAUGACAUUAGCGAUUUGUCUUUAAAAUCUUUAAAUUUAACAAAUUUGUAAGAUGGAAAUAUCUUUGACUUUCCUGUAAAUUCUUACAUAAAUGGAAUUAAAGAUGCUAUUAACAACGGAACUGACACUAUAAAGAAUACAAUAAAUUCUGUGAAAAAUGUCUAGAACUCUUUUAAUGAUUUGUCAAAUCAAUUAAGUCAAAUUCAUUAAGUUGCUUUAAAUUUCAGCUAAUUCGAAAACUAAUUUCUCAACAUUAACAAGAAUUUCGAAGACAUAGUUGGCUAAAUUGAUCUAUAAAAUUUAUUCUAAACAAUUACUGAAGAUUUAAAAUAAGAUUUGAUUAAUUUUGUAAAAUCUCAAAUCCUUGAAAAGAUUUAAAAAUAAGCUAUUGAUUAAAUUAAAGAUAAAUUUUAAAAUUUAGGUAAUGAACUUCUAAAAACAAACUUAAAGAAUGCAAUUGCAAAACUAGAAAAUGUGAACAAACUCUUUGAAUCUGCGAUCACUAAAAUUUCCUCAAAAUUUUAAAUUAAGAAAGAACAAAAGGUUUUGUUUGAUGAAAAAAUGAAAUUUCCUUAAUAUCCAUAACCUUAUUAUAUCCCUACACCAAUUGGCAUUCCACUUGUCUUGCAAUAUUACUUUUAAUUCAGUGCUUAAAUAUUUACUUUCAUUGACAUUUAAGCUACAUCAAUAAAUGCUGGGUUUGGUGUAUCAGCAAAUGCAGAGUUUGAUGCAAGUGCUGCACUUUCAGUAUUAAUAGCUGAAAUAGGAGCAUAUGCUUAAGGAACACUUGUUUCAGUUGAUCUGUAAGGUCUAUUGAGUAUAUAGCUUCUACAAAAACAAAACCUCUAAUUCAUAGUUGAUGCUACAUUUAAAGCUUUUAAUUUAAAAGCUUCAAUUUAUAUUUCAUACAUUAAAAUAAAAUUAAAGAAGGUAUGCUUAUUUUAAAGAAGAAUGUUGGGCUGGGGUUUUGGGUCUAUUUUUUCAGGUAUCAGUAGAAUUGGUAGAGCGAUAUCUAAAUUGGGUUAACAAGCUGGUCACUUUGUAAAACGUGUUGCUAAAUUUGUUAAAAAAUAUGCUUGUAUUUAUGUUCCUUAAAUUUCUAAAUCUGAUAAGAUUGAUAUCUUACCAGCUUUAAAUAUAAAAGGGUCAUAAACUUAGGUCUAAUUAGUUAAUAUAAAUGUUGGUUGA